AUGAAUCAACGAACAACUGCUGCAGUUCGAACACCAGCUGGAUGUACAACACCGUUUGAAAUGGUAACUGGAGUAAGACAAGGGGCAAUGGCAGGACCUUUCCUGUUCAAUUUCGCAAUCGACGACAUUAUGCGAAGAACCGGCCAGUGUCCUAUCAACAUUGUCUUAGCACCAUCAGGGUGCCCCUUGACUGACCUCGAGUACGAUAUUGUUAUAUUCGCGGAAAGCAGUACGAAACUUCAGCAUGUUGUCAACCUUGUAUCGAAGCUGGCUGCAACCUAUGGACUACGUCUACGCUCUGAUAAAUGCAAGCAGAUGUGGAUUUCUUCGAGACCACGAACGGGAAUCAGGGUGGACGGACAACCGAUAGAACUCGUCGAUGAUUUCUGUUACCUAGGCUGUACGCUGAAGAACAAUGGCAGCUACGAGAGAGGUGUUCAGCAAAGAUGCGCUAAGGCCACUUCUGCAUUUAACUCCUUAACGAAAUGCCUGUGGUCGACCCCCAUCACCAACGAAGUCAAGCUGCGAGUCUACCCAUCCGCAAUUCGCCCCAUCAUGAUGUACGGAUCGGAGACUUGGGCAGCACCAUCAACAGUUAUGGAGAGGCUUGACUGCACGGAACGAAAGCUGCUUAGACAGCUACUUGGCUAG